CUCUAUUCAUCGAACAUGGAUUUUGUUAACUAAUGCCCCACGAUGGUGCUGCGAUGUACUAGAUUUACGUCUGUUUUUGUGUUUUUGAUGGUCUGUGCCUCCCUGGUCAGUGUUAUAAAUGUAAGGCAAUUGGGCGUCUCCCUCAAAACGAAACUCCGUGUUGCAAAACUCUCAUUCGGUGCGGCUUCCGGUCUGAACAGUGAGAAACCAACGUGUGAUUUCAGAAGCCGAAACGACAACACAGGACGCAUUUGCAGUGACAAAACGCCAAACGUUAUCAGGGAAUUAACGUAUAAAUUAAGAGGAAACGGUUCUUUAGACUUUUGUCAGGCUGUUCCAGAUUCACUUGAAGGAAGACUUAACAUUUCCCUUGAGGCAAAACUACAAUCUACGUCGCCCCCAGUACUCCAGGAUGUGUCGCCAAGUGGCGCAUGGAGUCCGAAGAGUUGCGUUGCUAGGCAACGGAUAGCAAUCAUCAUACCUUUUCGCGACAGGCAGAAACAUUUGGACAUUUUAGUAUACAAUCUUGUUCCGGUAUUGAAACGACAAAAAGUGGCCUUCCGAAUAUUUGUGGUAGAGCAGUUUGGCAACAAAACCUUCAACAAAGGUCGGCUUAUAAACAUCGGGUUUAUGGAAGCGCGGAAGCACGGUGAGUUUGACUGCUUUAUCUUCCACGACGUCGAUCUUAUACCGGAAGACGACAGGAAUAUGUACACGUGCUCUGCGAAUCCUCGUCAUAUGUCCCCGGCCGUGGAUGUCUUGCGUUAUAAAUUGCCGUACAUGGCGCUGGUGGGAGGGGUGCUCAGCAUCAAGGCAGAACAUUUUUUCAAGAUCAACGGAUAUUCGAACCUUUACUGGGGCUGGGGCGCUGAGGAUGAUGAUAUGUUUUACAGACUGUCAGCCUCGAAGAUAAGUGUUUUACGCCCCCCUUUCAACAUUGGACGAUAUAAAAUGAUAAAACACGACAAAAACGAUGUUUCCACAGUCAGAUUGCACUUUUUGAAAACAGCGAAAACACGUUACUUAAAAGAGGGUCUCAAUACUUUGGAGUACAAAUUGGUUGAAACCCGGCUUGAGAAGUUGUAUACACGCAUAAUAGCGAAUGUGGGUGAUCCUCCGAAAAAUCAGACUGAAUAUCCUAAAGCGAAUGUGGGUGAUCCGCCGAAGAAUCAGACCGAACAUCCAAAAGCGAAUGUGGAUGAUCCGCCGAAGAAUCAGACUGAAUAUCCUAAAGCGAAUGUGGGUGAUCCCCCGAAAAAUCAGACCGAACAUCCAAAAGCGAAUGUGGAUGAUCCGCCGAAGAAUCAGACUGAAUAUCCAAAAGCGAAUGUGGGUGAUCCGCCGAAGAAAGAGACUGAAUAUCCAAAAGAGACUGUGGGUGAUCCGCCGAAGAAACAAACUGAAUAUCCAAAAGCGAAUGUGGGUGAUCCGCCGAAGAAUCAGACUGAAUAUCCAAAAGCGAAUGUGGGUGAUCCGCCAAAGAACUAG